ACGCACCUCUUCCUCAUCACUGUUGUUAGCGGCUGUGUUUGUUUGGUAGUUACGCCUUUAGCUUUGCACUAUGGAUCUCCCUGAACCCAUAAGAAGGCGUUUGGGGGAAUUUUCACGAAGUGUUUUCGUAAAUCAGGGUCAUUCACAACUUUCGCCUGAAGAUCAUAUCACGUUUCUAAAUCACACUACAGAUGUUGUAUCUAAUCUGCCUCUUCAGAUGGCUCUGUUCUUCAACAUGUGCUUCUUUCCUUUGUGGUGGAUUAGUGAAGUCGUAAUGCUGCAACUCAAAUACCCUGCACUCCCUGAUUACUACAAAUUCAUCCUAAUUACCAUUUUAAUUUUAAUGACUCUCAUCGAGGCUAUCAGGCUAUACCUGGGCUAUGCAGGUAAUCUGCAAGAAAAGGUCCCUGAACUGGCUGGCUUUUGGCUCCUCAGCCUCCUUCUGCAGUUCCCUUUGAUUCUGUUCCAGCUCUUCAAUGAAGCAAUACUCAUCCAGCCUUUGGAAAGAGGAGUUCAUAUAGUUCUGGCCGUGUUCAUUUUAACAGAGGCUCUAUCUGGUUUUGUUGCACUGCGUGCGAUGGUCAGACACACAGAAAGCCGCUUCCACCUCAGCCAGUUUAAUGGUAUUCAAGAGCUUAGAUAAUGAUAUAUUUGAUACUGAAACUGCAUAUUUUUGCAAAUAAUAUAUAAUGUAUAUAAAUAAAAGACUACAAAUGA